AUGGAACCUUUUCAGCAAGCUAGUCAGAUUCAAAAGUAUAGAAGAAGACUUGGAAUGCCUUAUACAAAUUACAACCGUAGUAGUAAAAUGUGGUUCUUUGUUGAAGACAAGGUAGAUGUGGAGGUAUUGUUGGAUACCGAUCAACAGAUUACAGUUAAACUUUUUUUCCAAGAGUUUAACAAGUCAAUGGUGGUGUCCAUGAUAUAUGCCAAAUGUGAUGAAACAGAAAGAAUUCAGUUAUGGGUCAACUUGCAUGGUAGCCCAUUGACUUGGUGGAAUGGAAGAGCAGAAAGUUAUUAUAUAUUUAAGAGGCUUGACAGGAUGUUAUAUAAUGAUCAGUUUCACAAUUGGUUUGGAAAUUUGGAGGUGGAACACCUUUUUAGAACAGGUUCAGAUCGCGCACCAAGAAUUAUUAUCCUGUGGGGAUCAAGUUUAAGAGUUUUCAAAACUUUUCAGUUCAAGUUGAAGAAUAUCAAUAGAGCAUUGAGCAAAUGGAGUAUAUACACAUUUGGAGAUAUUUUCAAGCAACUUUCUAUAAGGGGAGAUAUUGUGAGAAUUAAAGAGCAUCUGUUUAAAAAAGAACCAACUGAAGAGAAUAGGAUGGUAUUACAAAGGGCUCAGGCUGAAUUGAAACUAUAUUUGCAUUAUGAGGAAGAGUUUUGGAGGCAGAAAUCAAGUCUGACUUAUUUCUCAGAAGGAGAUAAAAACUCUAGAUUCUUUCAUAGUCUAGUUAAGAGUAGGAAGAAUAGAAUUCAGGUCAAAAGAAUUCAAAAUGUUGAUGGAGCAUGGCUAGAAGAAGCAGUUAAGAUAGCUGAUGAGGCUGUUGACUGUUAUUUUAAGUUUGAGGAAUCUGGUAUUUGGAAUCAUGUUCCUGAAUUGGUUGGUGUGGAUGACAAUCUAUUGCUUCAGCAAAUUCCAACUAUGGAUGAGGUGAAGAAGGCAGUAUUUGAACUUUCAGGAGAUAGUGCUUGUGGCUCUGAUGGCUUUUCUAGUAUUUUUAUCAGAAAUGUUGGGAAGUGA